AUGAAGCUAAAUAUGAAAUAAGAAUAAAAUACAUUCCAAGAUUAUUUAAUUAAUUCGAAUAAAAUACUUGUAAAUAACUGCAAUAACAACAAUCAUAUUACUGACUCUGUUAUCUUACUAUCUCCAAUCUAAAAAAUAAAAACAAAUCACUAAAAUGAAAGUGUAUAAAAUAAAAUAAAAUAUAAAAUUUAGAGCCUAAUUAACAUGCAAUACAUAAGUUAAAUUAAUAAUAGUUUACAUCAAGCCAUUCAUUUGAAUACUCCAAACAAAUAAGAAAAAAGGUUAGAUUAAAAAAAUAAUUAACAGAAGCAAUAAAAUUCUAUUUUUUUCUAAUAUAGCAAUAACAAACCAACAGAAGAUAUUAAAUAAUCAUAUAAAAUAAAUUAAGAAAAUCUGGAGUAAAUAUUAGAUCAAGUUUAAGUCCACUCAUUUUGUAGUCUGAUGUUAAAAAUAAAUCCGAAGAAAAAACAACAAAAUAAAAUAAUUGCAAAUAAAUCUAAUUCAAAUAAUAGCUAACUCAUUCUCAACAUCUAGAAAUCCCUUAGAAUAUUAGUUAAAAACCUAGAAAAUCAAUAUUACAAAAUAGCAGUAUGCAAAAUAUAAACUUAGAAAUUUAAAAGACAACUAGCUAGAAAUCAAAUAAGCAUGCUAAAUUUUUUGCAAAAAGAAGAGAUACAGCAAAUGAAAACCAAAAAAUUAAAAAUGUAAUUUUCUAUCAUGUUAGAAAGCAUAAAAAUAACGAACAGGUUAGAAACUAUGAGUAUAGUUCAGACAUUUACUUUCAAUAUUGCUCACUAGAAUAGGCUUAGUUCUAAGUAAAAUAAUAAAAUUUCUAUAGUGCAGCUUUGA